AUGUGCUGCCCAACCAAAGUACUGUUCGGGAUCGUCGGCUUCCUGUCGGCGGUCGCCGCUGCCGCCCACUGGGACCAUGCGGUCGAUCUGGACGAGAACUAUCGGCUGCUGUGGAGCAUCAGUCAGCAGGACAUCACGUUCGAGGUGCAGGCCCGUACGCAGGGUUACGUCGGGCUCGGAUUCUCCACCGACGGUACCAUCUACGGUGCGGAUGUUGUCAUCGGGUGGGUCGAGAAUGGGCAGGUUCACUUCCAGGAUCGACACUUCAAGCAGAACAGUAACGGUGAGCCACAUGUGGACCUUUCGCUAGACUACGUGCUGCUACUGGGGUACGAGAAUGCGACCCACACGGUGUUGCGGUUCCGCCGGAAGCUCGAUACGUGCGAUACAGCACAAGAUGUCCCGAUUACGAAUGACACCAUCCGUAUCAUCUACAUGUACCAUAACAACGAACCAAGGAACGGUUCCCAAGCGAUAGGCACGCUACCGGAUCCGACCGAAGCGUUCAAGGAUUCGGUGCCAAUCUUCCUAACGCAGCGCGUCAACCAGGUGCCGAUCGAGCUGGAUUCGCGCACACGUACGAUCGAGCUGCGAAACAAAGACGUCCCGAUACCGCAGACGGACGAUAAUCUGCGCUGGUGUACGAUGUUCAAGCUGGACCAGUUCGUGCGGAAGCAUCACGUGAUUCGGUACGAACCGGUGAUUGAGUCGCGCUCGAACAUUCCGCAUCUGCGACAUAUCAUACUGUACGAGUGCCAGGGUUCAACGCCAGAGCUGGAGAUCAUGUCCAGAGAGUUCGGUCGAUCGUGCAUGGAAGCGGAAAAGGAGCUGCUGACGUGCAACUCGAUCGUUGCUGCAUGGUCCCGCGGUUCGGAGGGCUUCACCUAUCCGCUCGAGGCUGGCUACCCGCUCGAUUCGUACCAGGCCCGGUUCUACAUGAUGGAAACACACUACACCGGCUUCCAGAGUAAUUCGGUCGACCUGACGCCACGCGUAGACAACUCCGGCCUACGGCUGUACUACACCACAACGCUCCGCAAGCACGACGCCGGCGUCCUGUCGGUCGGUAUGCAACCGAACUGGCGUCACAUCAUCCCACCGGGGCAGGAUCGGGUGCUGUCCGAGGGUCACUGCAUAGAGGAGUGCACGCAGCGUGCCUUUCCCCGGCCCGGCAUCAACAUCUUCGCCGUGAUGAUGCAAACGAACGGCAUGGGACGGCAGAUACGCUUCCGGCAGGUGCGCCACCGCGAGGAACUGACACCGAUCGCACACGACGCGAACGUAGACGCCAACUAUCAGGAGUACCGCCGGCUGCAUGUGCCGGUGAAAGCGCUGCCCGGGGAUCGGCUGAUCGCCGAGUGCACGUACGACAGUACCGGUCGGAAGCAGAUCGCACUCGGCGGGUACUCGUCGCGCGACGAAACCUGCCUGGUGCUGAGCUUGUACUAUCCGCGCCAGAAGGAGCUGACCUCCUGCCAUUCGAUACCGAGCCUGCCGACGGUGUUGCGGGCGGUCGGCAUUAAUGAGCUGGCGGCCGGUACGAAUCCGAUUCGUAUCGCAUCACCGCCGGAAAUUGCCGGCAUGACGCUCGAGGAACGGUUGCUCACCUACGAUUGGCGCGUUAACUUCAACGACUUCCAGUACGUCGUGCGCAAGGGUGCGUUCAAGCCGCUGUGCUGGAGCGCCCGGAAUACGCCCAUACCGGGUACCGACAAUGUGGAUGCGUACGCACCGAACCUCACGAAAAUCUGGCGUCCGAUGGCAACGUGCAGCUUCAAUGGCGGUACAUCGGCACACGCCGGUAGCGGACCCAGUGGCGGCAGUUACAGCGUCAAUCGGUUCGUUACCGAGCGCGACAUCAGUCUCGACCGGCCGCUGGACGAUGCGGAUGACGACCGGUGGAACGUUAUCGAGGGUGCGGCCCGGAGCAAAUCCAUCCGCAGUUCGGCCCCGUCGGCGAACCUCGCUAGUGGGGUAACGCUGGCAGUGGCUGUCUCGCGGUUAGUGCUGUUUGUGAUCUUUCUCAACACGGUCAGGUUACUGUGA